AUGGCUGACCCAACGCCCGCACCCGCCCCAAAGAAGCUGACUAAGAAAGAGCUGCGCAUUCUAGAGCGCCAGAAAGCGUCUGCGGCAGCUGCUGGUCCCACGCUAAACGAAGUAUACGGUGACAUGCCGCUUAUCCAGUCGCAGGAGCGCCCCAAGCAUGCGUAUAAAUCCAUUAAGGAUUUAAACACAGAGUUGCAGGGCGAAAGAUUUUGGGUGCGUGGCUACUUACAAGCCGUGCGCGCCAAGUCAAAAAUUGCAUUUGUCACGCUACGCGAGCAGACGGCCACAAUUCAGGGCAUUUUACACGAAAGCGACAUCGUCUCGCGGCCCAUGAUCAAGUUCGCAGCCAGUUUACCUAAGGAGUCUGUUGUUGAUGUGCUCGUUACGCUCAGUGUGGCUUCCAGCCCCGUGCUUAGCACAACGCAAAAGGAUGUGGAGCUUAAUAUUGAAAAAUUCUUCGUAGUUAGCAAGGCUUUACCUGAGCUUCCCUUUCAAGUCGAAGACGCUGCCCGUCCCGACAACCUUGUUAAGGCUGAAGGCUCUACCUUCGCGAAUGUUGGGUUGGAGACUCGUUUGAACACUCGCCCGCUUGACUUGCGAACGCCCGCAAACCAGUGCAUUAUGCGCAUCCAGGCUGCCGUGGGCUUACUUUUCCGAGAAUUUCUUAUCAUGAACAAUUUUGUUGAAAUUCACACUCCCAAGCUUGUAGGUGGCGCGUCAGAGAGCGGUGCUAAUUGCUUUACGCUCAAGUAUUUUGACCAAGAUGCUGCACUGGCUCAAAGUCCGCAGACGUACAAGCAGAUGGCUUGUGCGGUUGCAGGUCUGGAGCGCGUAUUUGAAAUCGGUCCCGUCUUUCGUGCUGAGAAUUCGAACACGCACCGACAUAUGUGCGAAUUUGUGGGUCUUGAUCUGGAGAUGACUAUUAAAGAGCACUACCAUGAGGUUCUAGAAGUGUUUUCAGACCUGUUUAUUUACAUUUUUGAUGGUCUUAAAGAUCGAUACGCGAACGAGCUCGCUAUCAUUAAUGAGCAGCACCCUUUUGAACCACUUAAAUAUUCUAAGCCUUCGCUCAUUAUCAACUUCGAGGAGGGUGUGAAGAUGUUGAAGGAAGCUGGUGCUGAUCAGGAACCCGACGAGGACCUGAGUACGGAGAACGAGAAGUGGCUGGGACGCCUUGUAAAGGAAAAGUAUGACACCGAUUUUUACAUUCUGGACAAGUAUCCAUUGGCUGUGCGACCUUUUUACACGAUGCCGGACCCAAAGGAUAAGCGCUGGAGCAAUUCAUAUGACAUGAUGAUUCGUGGCGAAGAGAUCGUAUCUGGAGCGCAGCGCGUGCACGAUGCAUCGCUUUUGAUGCAACGGAUGGAUGAGCUUAAUGUGCCUCAGGAAUCAUUGCGCAGCUAUAUCGAUUCGUUCCGCCUUGGUGCCCUUCCUCACGGUGGCGGUGGUAUUGGUUUAGAGCGAGUUGUCAUGCUGUACCUGGGACUGGGCAAUAUUCGUAAGGCUUCUAUGUUCCCGCGUGACCCUAAACGGUUGUUUCCGUAA